AUGCCUUUAGUGCGAGAACUCACCAAACCGAGGCAUUUCCAGGAUAUUCUUGGUUCUGUCUCAAGGGCACAAAGCCCAGGCUUGUGGCAAGGGGCAGGGGGAGAGCAAGUGGCCCCACAGCCCCGCACCAUCGUCCAGGUGGUCCGUAGUCGCCUGGAGAAGAAAGGAAUUGCAGUCCAUAACGUAAGGUUGAAUGGCUCAGCAGCUAGUCACGUCCUACACCAAGACAGCGGCUUGGGGUACAAAGACCUAGAUCUCAUCUUUGGUGUAGAUCUGAAGACUGAAGAUGUCUUCCAGCUUGUUAAAGAUGUGGUCAUGGACUGCCUUCUUGACUUCCUCCCAGAAGGUGUCAACAAAGACAAGAUCACCCCCAUGACUCUCAAGGAGGCCUACGUGCAGAAGCUUGUGAAGGUAUGCAACGAAACCGACCGCUGGAGCCUCAUCUCGCUCUCCAACAACAGUGGGAAGAAUGUGGAACUCAAAUUCGUGGAUUCUCUCAGACGGCAGUUCGAGUUCAGUGUGGACUCCUUCCAGAUCAUCCUGGAUUCGCUUCUGCUGUUUGGGGAGUGUUCAGAGAACCCCAUGGCUGAGAACUUCCACCCCACGGUCACUGGGGAGAGCAUGUAUGGGGACUUUGAGGAGGCAAUGGACCAUCUCCGGAACAGGGUCAUCGCCACGAGGAACCCGGAGGAGAUCAGAGGUGGGGGGCUUCUGAAAUACUGCAACCUCUUGGUGAGGGGGUUUAAGCCCAAAUCGGAAGUGGAUAUGAAGGCACUACAGAGAUACAUGUGCUCCAGGUUUUUCAUAGACUUCUCUGACAUCGGUGAGCAGCAGAGGAAGCUGGAGUGCUACCUCCAGAGCCACUUUGUUGGGAUGGAGAGCAAAAGAUAUGACUAUUUGAUGACCCUCCACAGGGUGGUCAAUGAGAGCACAGUCUGCCUUAUGGGACACGAAAGGAGGCAGACCCUGAACCUCAUUGCCAUGCUGGCUGUGAGAGUCCUGGCUGAGCAGAACAUCAUCCCCACGGUCACAAACGUUACCUGCUACUACCAGCCAGCUCCUUAUGUCAGUGAAAUAAACUUCAACUACUAUGUCACCCACGUGCAGCCCUUCCUGCCUUGCAAUCAGUCUUACCCAACGUGGCUUCCCUGUAACUGAGCCAGGACAAACUUCAGGGUCUGUCCUCCAAGGUACUUCCUUGCCUUGGGGAGUGGGGAGGUGGGUGGGGGGAGGAAAAAAAAAACAAGACCUUUCUAGAACUGCAACAAAAGGAAACUUCCUGGACUCUUGCUUGAGCGUCUUGUUCCUGGGGUUGUUGGAACGAGGCCUGUCUGCUGUACACUGUGAUGGGAAGUGCAGUGUUAUGGAAACUAGAUGACUUGGACGUUUACAGGAAGACUCAAUUGCUUAUUGAAUUCUGGAGGCCGUGGGGGAGGGUGGGGGUGUGUGAGGGGAGAUUGUAGAAUUACGCUAAGGUAGAGCUGCACUGCCCUGAAAUGGAUCUGAAUUGGUUGUUUUUUAGUGCGGGAGGUGUUCUGGGUGUGCAGACUUGUGGUUUCUGAAGAUAGAAGCCAGAGUGGCUAAUUCCUUCGAAGGACCAAAGAAUCCUGUUUAAGUGCCUGUAACAAUAUAAACACAACUGUACUGUAAACCUUAUUUUUUUUUUGCAGGGGCUGACAUCCCAAGAGCUUGAGUGGGGGUGUCCAAAGAGGAAAACGUUUCUGUUGCGGGGCCGGGGGUGGGAGGGCUGUAGGAUCAUUUCUAGUAACCUCGCUGAAGCAAGAAUGAGACUGCAGGUUACAUGUUGCUGAGGUUUUUUGGCAUGGCUUGCUGCCUGUGAAGGACCAGCUGUAGCAAAUAGCUGUCAAAGUGGAGUUGCAUAAACAGGGGUGGGCUUUGGAUGACUACCUGUAAAUGCCUAAAACUGGGGGCAAAGGGUGGGGUGGGGGGGGAGUGCAUGGUGGAAAAUGCUGUGCAGAGCUUUAUGGAGAAAAGGCAGCAGGGACCUACAUAUGAAUUUACUCAAGCUCCCGAGUCUGCAGUGCCAAAAUGUAAUCAUGUACAUAAAUGAUGAGGCAGGAGAUCUGUCCAGGAGCCUGCCCCAGGCUACUGUACCUAAUCCUGUAUUUUCUAGGGGAAUUUGAAAUGCUGCUUAUUUUUUUUUUGGCAUGCAAGUGUGGUUUUAAUGCACAAAGCCAGAGGCCAGCUGGGUUAUCUGGGAAGGUGAGGCUUGUCCUUUGAAGCACAAACCAACUAGUUUGCUAGUCAGUUAUCUCCAGCUCUCGCUGUGAUGGGGGCUGGAGCCAGUGUCCUCCUAGGAGAUCGGCAGACCUCUUCCAGCCUCUCGCCUCCUGUGGCUGGAGAUCUUCCCUCUGCCCUUGGGCAGGGCCUAUCUUCAAAAGCAGCCUGUUUCCAGCUAUGCCAUUCCACAUGUGAGCCACUGAUAGCAUUUGAAAUUCAUUCUCUAGCUAGAAAUGGAGCUUGGGGUGGGAGGCAGGGGUUGUGCAAAAGUCAGUUGGCCUUAGGAGGAAAAAAAAGUAUGUCUUCUCUAAACAAACCCUCUUGUGUCUUGAGGGUUUGGCUCUCGUAGUCAAAUGUGGCUUUGAAGUUGUUGGGUGUCUAGAGCACAAACAGUCUUUCACUGAGGUGCCUGGAUUGCUGUGCCCGUUCUCGUGAAACAUCAUCUCAGACUUAACUAUGCAUGGAUGGAGAGGCGGGC